UGAUCAUGUGACUGUACAUUGCUAAGUCGCCUGAUCCCUGAUCUCCUGGCGGUAUUUCUCACCGCGCUUCUUACCAUGGCGUCAAUAUUCUGCCUGCCAGUGUCUAGGCAAUAUUCUACCUGGUGUACCUUGUUUCAACGCCCUGCAUCACCAGUGCGUGAGUUGUCUCGAUCACCUUUCACUCUCGAAUCAACGGAGAAACUUGAGGAAGAAACAUUGUCCUGGUACUCUCCCGAUAGCUUUUGUCCCGUCAGAAUCGGCGAGGUAUUUCAACCGAGGUAUAAGGUGAUUGGAAAACUGGGCUAUGGUGGAUACUCAACUGUUUGGCUGUGCAGAGACCUGCCGCAACAUGCUUAUGUCGCCCUGAAGGCAUUUGAGCGCAAAGAGAGACAGAGGUCUACCACCAUUUGAAUUCCCUCGACAUCGUAGAUCAUGCUGGCGUGAAGCUUAUCCGCAGAGCAUUCGAUAGGUUUGUUCAUCCUCCCUUGGGGAGAGGUCUAUAUGACUUUCGCACCCGAC